AAAUCUCAAGGCAUACUUUCAUUGACAGGUCCGCGUUGGAGAUGUCCUUGGGAUCGUACUUUCCUUGUCAAAGCCACACAAGAGAUAAGGCGAGCCUGUGCCCACGAAAAUUCACUUGAUGUCGAGUAGUUCGAUCUUCGGCUCAUUCUCCUCCAUUCAUUCCCACCAUCGCUCGAGUGAGCGAUCAGUGGCAUGGCGUUCAUGGCGAGCGGCAGGGUGGCGAUCGCUCCGACCAGAGCAAGGUUCGUCACUCCCCGCAGCCUCUUCAACUGGGGCAGAGGCGCAAAAGACGCCGAGACGCCGCCGCCGCAGUUCCAGUACCACGGCGUGGAGCCGCCGUUCCCCAUGUCGCUCGUGGCCAAUACGCACCUCAGAGGACGCGAGCUCAGCUGCUGUUACAGGGCCACCGUUGACGGCUUCAGCGCGACGGACUUCCACCGGCGGUGCGACUUCAAGGGCCCCUGCGUCGUCGUCGGCUACACGGCGGGAGGCUCCUUCAGGUUCGGCGGGUUCAGCCCGGAGGGGUACCGCAGCACGGACGACUACUACGACACGCUCGACGCCUUCCUCUUCUACUGGCCGCCGGCAGCGCCGGAGGACACCGCCGCUGCCGUUCCGGUGGUGCUGCCCAAGGUGGGCGGGAGCGGUGCUGCGCUGUUCGACUACUCACGGGGCGGGCCGCAGUUCGGCGCCGACGGGCUGCUCAUCGGCCCGCCGCUCACCGCCGUGAUGGGGGUGUUCACGGGGCCCGACGCCAGCGUUGGCGUCGGCGACCUCCGGCGCGCGCGGUCACGGCUUGGGCUGUCCUACGCGAAGAGGGAGGACGGCAAGGAGAGCCUGUUCGGCGACGAGUCCAAGGUCGAACUCGACGAGGUGCUGGUCUUCUGUAGCCCACAGAUUGCCAGCAUGUACUAGCUCAGUUUGCUUAGAGCUAUGGGUGGAUAAUUAAGCUAGCCAGUAAAAGAGGAUGCUGUCUUUGUCUUGUCCCGUUCGUCCAAAUGUUAAUGCCUAAAUAAAUGCUAAAAAGUGCAGCUGCACUUUUCGGUUGA